CAGGAGCGUCUGGUCGCCUGGCAACCGCGCCCGGGCUGCUGAAGAAUCGGGCUCUGGAGAAGUUUACCAAACAAAGUUGGACAUGACAUAAUACCUAAACCUGCUUCUUGACAUGGCAUCAGAUCAGAGCUAUUGCUGAGAGUUUGAUUUAUAGAGAAAUCAUGGUUCGUCUGACCUUGGAUCUCAUUGCCAAAAACAGCAAUCUUAAACCUCGGAAAGAAGAAAGCACUUCACAAUACCUGAAGAAAAUAACUCACAUAAAUUUUUCAGACAGAAAUAUAGAUGCAAUUGACGACCUCUCUCUUUGCAAAAAUCUUAGUGUUUUAUAUUUGUAUGAUAACCGUAUUAGUCAAAUCACUAACUUGAAUUUUGCCACAAACCUGACCCACCUGUACCUGCAGAACAAUUGUAUUUCAUGUAUAGAGAACCUCGGGUCCUUAAAGAAACUGGAAAAACUGUAUCUGGGAGGCAAUUACAUUGCUGUUGUUGAAGGUUUAGAAGAAUUAGAAGGACUAAGAGAGCUUCAUGUUGAGAGUCAGAGGCUUCCGCUUGGAGAAAAGCUUCUCUUUGAUCCAAGAACUCUUCAUUCUCUGGCAAAAUCCCUCUCUAUAUUGAAUAUCAGCAAUAAUAAUAUUGAUGACAUAAGAGACUUAGAAAUACUGGAGAAUCUUAAUCAGCUCAUAGCAGUUGACAACCAACUUCUACAUGUGAAGGAUUUGGAGUUUUUACUGAACAAGUGGAGGAAGCUGUGGAAAAUGGAUCUGAAUGGAAAUCCUGUUUGUCUCAAACCAAAAUACAGAGACAGACUGAUACUGGUGUCCAAGUCACUGGAAUUUCUUGAUGGAAAAGAAAUUAAAACCAUGGAACGACAAUUCCUAAUAAAUUGGAAAGCAUCCAAAGAUGCCAAGAAAAUCACCAAGAAAAGGAACAGUAAGAAGGAAGAUGCAAAUAAUUCAUACCUAAGUAACUUUGAAACAAUCCAUCACAUAGUUCCUGUUUAUUACCCACAGGUGGGUAAGCCAAAAGUAGUCUUUUUCUCUGAUGCACAGAGAUACCUUGCAAAUGGAAAUGCAUCUUCAGAAAGCUCUCAAGAAGAUAACCCAAAAUUAGGAAGAGACCAGUACAGGAAUCUCUUUGAAGAAUCUGAAAGCUUAGUGACAAAAAACGAAGUACACGAAACUCACCUUCUCCAUAACCCAAAAGUAAAAGAAAAUCUGUAACAAAAACCGAGUCAAUUCAGCCUUAAGUGAUCUGAAACAUUUGAUUUUUCUACCUUAAUAGAACUAGGUAACAUCAUCUUUUGUGGUUUGUAGCUUUAUGGUAUCUCUUUCUAUGAGAAAAACCUUUUAAGUUCUUGUUUGAUUUGUUCUUUAUUGAGUCUGAAACACUGCUUUCCAAUUACUUUAAUCCUCAUUACAUA